UGACAAAUUCAAUCAUACCUUUAACUAUUUAUAAUGUAUAGCACUUAAAUAUCAUGGAUAGGCGACGCAGCACCAGCACCGGCAGUGGACAGCCGGCAGAGCAGCAGCAACAACAACAACUCGAGCAAUAUCCCAAGAACUGUAUUGAGCAAUAUUUACGUGCGUCAACAAAAAUUAAGAAAAUUGAACGUGUCGUUUUCUUCAAACGCUUUGCGCCCAAUGUGGCGGACGUGCAGGCGGAUUUCCAACGUCUGGCGUACAGCUUUGAGGAAUCGGGAAUCAUGCAAUACGCAGCUAUGUGCCACAUUGGCUAUGCCAAAUGUGAGUCGUUUGGCGGGUCUGCGCAACGGGAGGCCGAAGCGUAUGUGCGCGCUGCACGCGACUUUUUGGUGGCGCACAACGAGUCGGCGCUGCUGCACUUGCGUACCGGCCCCAACAGCUUCCGGGAGGGCGCAUUGCAUUGUUACAAUCGGGCCGCGGAGCGUGUCGCUGACAGCGGCGUCUUCAAGGCAGCUGUGCUGCGCGAGCUGAAGCAAUUGCAGCGUCAGAUGGAUCGUACCAGCAGCUUUGCGUCGCCCACACAUCGAAUCAAUGAUCUGGAGAUGAGCGCCGAGAUGAGCAUGCAGCGAAAGGAUUAUCGCGACGCACUGCUGCAACUGGACGACAUUGUGGAUAAUAUUUAUGAACGACGGGUGCCGCUGAUGUACAGCGAUCUAUUGCGCCGCGUCGAGGUAAUGCGCUUGCUGCUCCUGCUGCAUCUCAAUCUGCCGCCUUCGCGUCAAUCGCCCUCACAUAUAAAGCUUAUCGAGUACUACUAUUCACUGGCCCAGUUCGAGUCACCGCUAGCGACACCAUGUGUGGCCUACAAUCAGGAGCCGGUGGAAAGACCAGGUGCGUUUGUGCCACUCCAGCAACAGGAUGCGCUCGCUGAGAUCAUCUGCGCCUGGGUGGAGCGUAAAAUGUGCGAUCUAAAAUAUUUGCUCCGAGAUUUUGGAGCCGAGAACAGCUCGAUUAGCCAGCAAGAGCGCCAUCUACUAAACACAAUUUAUUCCGAUCUAUCGAAGAUUUACUAGAGCACUCUCAUACUAAGUUAUCGCUUAAGUGUAGCUAUCAAGGCUAUCACUUAACCUUUCAACGUGCCUACACGAUGCAACUUGCACUCAAAAGCGAUCUAUAGAAAUAGAAGUAAAA